AUAUUUAUAAAUGUAUGUAUAGGUUAAUUUUGAACAUCAGCGAUAGAGUAGAUGUAUUAUAUUUAAAUAGUUAAAUUCGUUCAUUAAUUUUUGUUUUGUUUUCGUAAUAAUUAGUACGUAAGAAUAUGUGUAAAUAUUACAUUUUUGCGUAUCGUUCGAUAAUAGUUUACUUUAAAGAAUUGACCAAUAAUGCUUUAGCGAGUGAAGCUGUUGCGCGCGAAAAUCGAGAGAUCGAUCGAUCGUUCUGCGUCGCGGCGACCGUCUAUCAGUGCGUUUGUCUGCUGCGUGCAUGUGCUGUAGUUUUGUGAUAUUACGUUUCGGUAUAGUGCUUUUGUAAUUAAAGUGAAGAUAUAUUUAAUAUAAUUGCAAUUAUGGGAAAAACUGUGCCCGAGGGAUGGCUCGAGUACAAACCGUAUGGAGACGUGGUAAAGGGUACGAAGAUUUUGCCGUUUAAAGUACCACUGAAAGAGGCUAUUGUUCAGAACGUAAAGCCCGAGGAAAGAUUCACGGCGUCGAUGAUUUUGCAAGCAUAUCCGCGGCUCAAAUUCAUCGUAGAUCUUACUAAUACAGAUCGUUACUAUGACAAAUCGGAAUUCACUAGUGCCGGAGUCAAGCAUACAAAAAUAACAAUACCUGGGAAGAAAGUACCAUCGUUAAAUUCUGUCAUGAAAUUUUUUGACACGAUGGACAAUUUCAUGGCUACCGCUGGAGAGGACGAUGUCAUAGGAGUACAUUGCACACACGGUAUAAACCGCACUGGAUAUCUUAUUUGUAGGUAUCUCAUUGAAAAACAAGGCUGGGAGUUGCAAGAUUCCAUAAAAGCUUUCCAAGAGGCACGUGGCUAUCCGAUCUAUCGUGACGAAUAUAUCACUGCACUUAAGAAGAUAUCACGUGGUGAAAAAAAAAAAACCCUGAAUCGAUCAAUUAAUACACGAAAAGAUUCUAUACCAAUCAGAAACGUUCUUGAUCAAUAUAAGUUAAGAAUAAGAAAUCCAAAGGGAAGACCAGCGCCAUAUCCUAUGGGCCCGUCGCCAGGAUAUAAACCACACCGUCGUGGAUUUACCAACGGUGCGUAUCUACCACAACCUUUUGGUUUUGGUGCUCCACCACAUGGAUUUGGCUCGAUGCCUCCUCAUCCACCUGGUAUGCCACCACCACCACCAGGUCCACCAAUGUAUGGUCCACCAAGACCAAUGAGAUUUGGACUACCACUUCCUCCUCCACCACCACCAGCUAUGAGAGCACCCAUGCCACCGUUGCCACCUGGUCCAGAUUUCAGGAGAUCAGUUGUUAAUUCAGGAUUUCAUCCGCCAGCUUUCCCAAAUAGAUUACCAGGCCCAUCGAGAAUGUCUGGUCCACCUAGAUUACCACCUGGUCCUCAGUCACGAUUACCACCUCCUAAAAUGCCUCCCCCUCCGCCACCUCCUCCGCCGCAAGUUAGGCAAGUUAGUGUUAAGCGACUUCAAGGCAAUAAAAAGAAACAGCAACAACAGCCACAGAUUAGAAAUGGCAUGGCUGUAUUACCCAGGAGUUCAAUGAGACUGACCAGACGCGAAGUCAGUACAACCAGAAGAAAUGUAGCUACGAAAAUGAUUAAAGAACAAGAUUUUACGGCGGACACAUUUGAAGAAAAUUUAUUAGCUGUCUCAUCGACAAAUUCGCAUUUGCGUAGAUCAACAACCAAAGGACGAUAUCAUCAGACUAAGUGAUGACGUGCUAUAUAGGAUGGGCGAUUAUUAUUUUUUAAGACUUGCAUAAAAGAUAUGUUAUGUGUAACGACGUCAUCUACAUCGUACGCCCAAAAGUGUUGUUUUUAAAAAACCCCUUAUGGCAAGAUUUUCAAGAUAAAACAAGAAGAAAAUGUGAUUUUUUUCCAAGAUCUCGCCGUUCAUAUUUUGCGGAACGGUCACGGGCAAAUCCGAGAGAACGUAAGAUAAAACGUCUGGACAAUGAGACGUAUAAAAAAAACAAAAAAAAAAAAAACUUCUAUUUCUCUCGAUGUUUAUUCCUAUUAUGUAAAGAUCAACGAAGGAGCUUUGUUGAUUUCUUCGUAGCCUCAUUGAUUAUUUAGACAUUUAUAUAUAUAUUAUAUAUAUAAGAUAUAUAUUAUAUAUAUAUAUACAUCGACUAAAAAAAAAAAACAUAAAUUUGAAAUAUGUUAUAUCUUCGUCUUUCAAUCCGAACAACACGGCUCUCAUUAUCUCGGUAAAAAUCUGUUUAGAUUUCACUAUUGCUACUACUACUACUACUACUACUAUUGCUACUACUACUACUCUACUACUACUACUAUACUACUACUACUACUACUACUACUACUAUACUACUACUACUACUACUACUUUACGUUUAAGGCUAUGUCCGACAUUGUCUAAAAUAAACGCACUUUAUUGGUAAGUUAUUAUUUUCUGUCGACAAUUAAAAGGACGAAUAAAAAUUGGAUUAUGUUAUAUCGUAAUGAUGUACACAAUCGUCGUUUAAAAACACAUAUAAAUGUAGUUACGUUCGGAUGAUGUAGAAGCAUUUGAUACGUCUCGUAUCUUACUUCAAAAGAUUAAAAUGAUUCAAUAUUCGACCUUGGUCAGGGAUCACGCGUGUAGGUGGGACAUUGUACGUACGCAUUCUAUAUCAUAAAAUGAAUGUACGAGCUUCUUGUACGUGAUAUUCAUUCCUGGAUAAAUUUCUGGCGCCUGCUGACGUUUCUUCUUCUUCUUCUUCUUCUGGUAUACUUUUGAAGCUUCACUGAUAGAUUACACCUGUAAGAAAAAUCGUCUAAGAAAGUCUUAUUUCGACUUUCUUUUCUCUUUUUAGUAAGUUGGUUACAUAGUUAAAAAAAGAAGAAGAAGAAAAAGAAAAAGAAUAAGCAGUAGUUUCUAAGCCGUUUAUUGGUCAAACUUCGAAUACAAUUGACGAUUUUAAUGGAUUUUAUUUUUUCAAACGGCCUGUAAUGUAAAUGUUUUCAAAAAGUUAACACAUUAUACGAAUUCUUGCCUA